AGCCCUAAGUUCAUAACUCCAAAACUCUCAUCAUUUUCCUUCAUCUCUCUCCUGAAAACCUAAAAUUUCUCAAUGGAAGUCUCCGGCAAAGAUCAAUCUUCUGUUUCUGCGAAUGCAAAGCGAUCAUCAUCAGCAACGAAGCUUCUUCGAUAUCCACUGCGAUCGGGCACUAAGACCAAGGAGGAGAAGCCUCCUCUGACUGAUUCUUCCAACUCAUCGGUUCCCAGAAGGGGAAGACCUGCCUCAAGUGUUAGUAAGAGUAUUGGCGUCCUUGAUCUCGGUAAGGAGAAGUCUGCUGCUAAACCUCCAAGAAGGCUGUCUAUUCAGGCUAAGUCAAGUGCCAGCCCUGCCUCAAGAGCAGUAGGCACUAUCACUCCUAUUUCUGAGGCUAGAGCUAAGAGAUCCGUGAUCAACCAGGGGAAAACUAAUACACCGCUUUCAGCAGUUGCAAAGUCAUCAAAUGGAAAGGAAAUCAAUCGUCUAUUCUCUGCAUUCUAUUGGCUAUCCCAGAUUAAGCUCUCUGAAUCUGCUGUUAAGCAUUCAAUAUCUCUUGGGUUUUUCAAACUUGCUCUGGAAGCUGACUGUGAGCCGCUUCAACGUUUGAGGGAUGAGCUGAAAUCCUAUGUGCAACGUCAUAGCCUUGUAGAUCUCGGGGAGCCAGUGAAACAAUUGUUUGAAAGCUACAAUAUUUCUCAUGAUUUUGAGCAGUUGCAAGUAUCUGAGACUUGUUCCCAUGCACCCGAAGAUGGGACACCUUCAUCUGAUGAUGAAAUGCAUAGCUCUUCAUCUGUUGCUGGUACUGAGAAAUCAGAACCUGAAGUCUUGAACAAAGAUGCUACUGAAACUUGUCAAGUGACAGAACCAACUAAGGAGACUUCAUCUGUUGCUGGCACUGAGAUACUGGAACCUGAAGUCUUGAACAAAGAUGCUAUUGAAACUUGUCAAGUGGCAGAACCAACUAAGGAGGCUUCAUCAAGGAAAGAAAUUGCAACUAAGAACCGUAGAUCUGUAAAUAAGAUUGCUACAACUCCAAAAUCUACAGAGGUUUCUGGUACCAUAAAAAAGAAACUUGAAAAUCCUAAGCAAAAACCAAAUAAGGGGAAAAGACAGGGAAAGAAAUCUGCUGGAGUAGAAGGUCCUGCUAAUGCUGGCACUGCAAAGAUAGUCCUUCCAGAAGACAAAGAGAAUAUGGAUGCUCCACAGUCAGAAGAGAUCAAUGUUACAGAAGUUUAAACAGGUGUAUGGAAUCAAAGAAUGUUGAACAUACUUCUAUUAUGGUUAUUUGUUUUGGUGUUCAUAAGCAGGAAGGUUUUCCUUGUAUAGAUCAUAGAAGGGUCGAGUGGAAGUGUCAAUCUCUGGGGUGUGUAUUUGAAAGAGUCGUGUUUUCUUUGUUUGGUUCUAGUUUGACCCAAGACUUUUGGGCACUAUAUAUUAUACAUAUGUUUAUGUUUUAAAUUGCAUUUGGUUUUACAA